GAAACGAGAGCCCGUUGUCUCCAGCGUGCAGCGUGCCUGUCUGAAAGCUACCUGCCGAUAUACUGACAGUGAGGUGCCGUCGAUCCGGCACGAGCAGCGCGCGCAGUCGCCAUGAAGACCAUUGUCGCGGUGUUCCUGCUUCUGGUGGCGGCGCAAUGCCUCGCGCUGGGCUCCGGCACGGCAGCUGCGGCGAAGGUGCGCCGGACGCGGCAGGGCGACUACCUGAACCGGCUGCGCGGAUCGCCAUCCUCGGGCCUGUCGUCCUGGGAGUCGCUGGCGGCCGUGGAGGAGACGACGAAGGCGGCGGGUAGCAGGAAGCCCGUGGCGGCGGACGUCGGGCGCAAGGAGGCCGACCGCGUGGAGGCGCUCCCCGGACAGCCGCGCGGCGUGGACUUCGCGCAGUACGCCGGCUACGUGACGGUGGACGCGGCGGCCGGGCGCGCCCUGUUCUACUACCUCGCCGAGGCCGUCGGCGGGUCGUCGUCCAAGCCCCUCCUCCUGUGGCUCAACGGAGGGCCCGGGUGCUCGUCGUUCGGGUACGGCGCCAUGGAGGAGCUCGGCCCGUUCCGCGUCAUGAGCGACGGCAAGACGCUCUACCGCAACCCCUACUCCUGGAACCACGCGUCGAACGUGCUGUUCUUGGAGAGCCCGGCGGGGGUGGGGUACUCGUACUCGAACACGACGGCGGACUACAGCCGGAGUGGCGACAACAAGACGGCGGACGACGCGUACCUGUUCCUGGCAAACUGGAUGGAGCGGUUCCCGGAGUACAAGGGCCGCGACUUCUACCUCGCCGGCGAGAGCUACGCCGGCCACUACGUCCCGCAGCUGGCCCACGCCAUCCUCCGCCACGCCUCGCCGAACAUCAACCUCAAAGGCAUCAUGAUCGGGAACGCGGUGAUCAACGACUGGACGGACAGCAAGGGCAUGUACGACUUCUUCUGGACGCACGCGCUCAUCUCCGACGAGACCGCCGACGGCAUCAACAAGAACUGCAACUUCACCCCCGGCGCGGCGUCCAACGAGCUCUGCGACGACUCCUCCAGCGCCGCCGACGAGAGCCUCCGGGACAUCGACAUCUACAACAUCUACGCGCCCAACUGCCAGUCCGAGAAGCUCGUCACGCCGCCCAUCACCCCGUCGAUCGACAACUUCGAUCCUUGCACGGACUAUUAUGUGGACGCCUACCUCAACCGCCCGGACGUACAAAAGGCGCUACACGCGAACGUCACACGCCUCGGCCAUUCCUGGUCAGCCUGCAGUGAAGUCUUGAGACACUGGGUUGACAGCGCCACAACGGUCCUGCCUAUAAUCCGGGAGCUGAUGAAAAACAACAUCAGAGUCUGGGUUUACAGUGGAGACACCGAUGGAGUGCCCGUCACUUCUAGUAGACUCUCUGUCAACCAGCUCCAGCUUCCAGUGGCAGCAAAAUGGAGGCCAUGGUUCAGCAACACCAAGGGUGCUGGAGAGGUUGGUGGCUACGUUGUGCAGUACAAGGGCGACCUCAGCUUGGUAACCGUGAGAGGAGCAGGCCAUGAGGUCCCCAGCUACCAGCCACAGCGAGCGCUUGUGCUUGUCCAGAAUUUCCUCGCAGGCACAAUGCUCCCUCUCUGCAAAACGUGCGACCAGGAUUAACAUAAGAAAUAUUAAAAGUAGUACACCAGCAGUUUUACAGAUUGUAUCAUUUCAUUCGGUACAAGAAAUAAGCACAAUCAAGUAAGUUAGACACAGAAAAGCAUCAAACCCAUGCCCUCUGAAGAUCAUGUAACUGCAGGUCAGGAAAUGCUUUCAUACAGAUAAGAAACUGUAUGAGUAAUUUAUUAAGUCCGAAUAUUUAUGCCAAAAUGGCAUGCUGCAAUACUAGAGAUAACUGUAUCAA